AUAUUUUCGGAUACUAUGGUCAAAAAGGUAUCCAUUCUGGAAAGUUUCUCUACGGUGGAUGGUGGACGCGCAAAAGAGCUUCAACUUGCAGAUAAGAAAAAAAAUCCCCGACGGACUGUUACUCAUUCCUCGUCUGCCGAGCAAUACCUGGAGAAUCUUUGGGGUGCGGAUGCGGUUAAUUAUUUUUUUAACCCAACUUUUACACCAACGGGAAAAACAUCAUCAGCCGAAGAGAAAGCAACGAGAAUCGCUCCCUUCGACCAGUUAACUAUCGGUGGUUAUCCAAAUGGAUUGCUACACGGGUCAAGGGUCCCAUUCCAUCCGGAAUUGAAGCCCUGGUUGCUUCACCCGAUAGAACCUGAACUUAUAAGGAGGCGAAAGUCAGAGUGUGCUCGUCGUCCAAGCUUGGCUCUUCUAACAUCAGAACGACGGAUGAGCGUUCUCAAACCUGUUGGUGUCUCAGGUUUAAUUGACACCUUGAGGCUGCAUGCUGGAGUGAAUCCUGGUGCCACAAAUGUGUGGGAGGUUCUGAGAAGUCGAUCCUAUAAACUGCUACAAAAGUUGGAGAAAGCUGACGAGAAAUCUAAUGAAACGUUUGCCGUUUUCACAAGAGAAUAUGCGCUCUCAGAACGGAAAAAGCCUCCACUGUGCGACUUUAUCCGAACGAACACGUCUGGUCAUCUGGCACAAACAAUGAGGCAUUUGAAAGCACAUGGGGCGGAAAAACAGUUUCGUAAAACAAAAGCCAUGGUGGCAUGGACUGAACGCAACCAGGAGCACCUCAAAAUGGUACUACAACAGCACGAUAUCAGAGACAAGCUGGAGAGAUGCAAAUUAGAGAACAGAAUGGAGCGCCACGACAGUGACGCAAAAAAACGCGAGUCCAAAACAGGGGUAGUCACUCCAGCGGAAGGGCCUACAGUUUUUCAACAAACUGGAGGUCCAGGAAUCCAACUUGCCUCUAAACCUACGGUGGAUGACUUUCUUCCUGAAAACUGGAGUGACACAUCGAUACAGAAAACAAAUCGCAUGAUAGACAAUCGUCUGGUGUCAAAGCUCAACUCUGUCAGAACCGGGGCCAAGACAGAAGAGAAAUGCAUGUGCGUUGAAAAAUUUUCCCAGAAGCUACAAUAUUUGAAAUGCCACAAGACUCUAUCAGGAGGAAAAAACAUCUUCACAAAAGGGGAAGAAGUAUCAAUGUCGUCCGCUUCUGACGUUUUGGCGAGGACGCAGUCAAAGAAAAUUCAAACCCUGGGCGCAUUCCCUGAUGAUACCACGGUGGAACCGUUAUGUUGGUCACAGCUUAUUGAACAACAAACACAAGCGAAGCAACAAGACGAAUGCGAGAAAAGUUGACGGAUAAAAAAUUUUGUUAUACAUAUUUUUCAAUUUUGGGCUCAUUCGAUGUUUGAAACGCACUUCUAGAGUCUCACAAUUUGUGUAAAAGGACGCGUACUUUCAUCUUUGAUUAGUUACGCUUUAAACUCUCUUUCAAAGCUAUGCCAAGUCAAGAUUACAUCCUCUUUGGACAGACAUUGCUCGUAAAUCUAUGUUCCCUUUUGUAGCGACUUUAUAUUCAUUUACCAUUAAGCUGUUCACGCAUGCGCAAGAGUUUUGAUUCUUCUACAAGGUCAACUCUCCGACCUUUUUAACUGUAAAUUCUCGUCUUACUAGAGUUUAUUCCAACUAAUUUUGUUUCAUUCACUCACGU